UUCGGUUCUAAGUCCAGUAUGGCAACUGUGAAGGAUCAGCUGAUUGUGAAUAUUCUUAAGGAAGAACAAACCCCCCAGAAUAAGAUUACAGUGAUUGGGGUUGAUGCUGUUGGCAUGGCCUGUGCCAUCAGUAUCGUAUUGAAGGACUUAGCAGAUGAACUUGCUCUUUUUGAUGUCGUGGAAGACAGAUUGAAAGGAGAGGUGAUGACUCUCCAACAUUGCAGCCUUUUCCUUAGAACACCAAAAAUUGUCUCCGGCACUGACUAUAGUGUGACUGCAAACUCCAAGCUUGUUAUUAUCACAGCUGGGGCAUGUCAACAAGAGGGAGAAAGCCUUCUUAAUUUUUUACAGCAAAAUGUGAACAUCUUUAAAUUUAUCAUUGCUAAUGUUGUAGAAUACAGCCCCAGCUGCAAAUUACUUAUUGUUUCAAAUCCAGUGGAUAUCUUGACCUACGUGGCUUGGAAGCUAAGCGGCUUUCCCCAAAACCGUGUAAUUGGAAUUGGUUGUAAUCUGGAUUCAGCCCGCUUCCGUUACCUAGUGGGUGAGAGGCUGGGAGUUCACCCAUUAAGCUGUCAUGGAUGGGUCCUUGGGGAGCAUGGAGACUCUAGUGUGCCUGUAUGGAGUGGAGUGAAUGUUGCUGGUGUCUUGCUGAAGAAUCUGCACCCUGAUUUAGGCACUGAUGCAGAUAAAGAACAGUGGAAAGAAAUUCACAGAGAGGCGAUUGACAGUGCUUCUGAGGUGAUCAAACCGAAUGGCUACAACACACCCUGGGCCAUUGGACUAUCUGUGGCAGAUUUAGCAGAAAGUAUAAUGAAGAACCUUAGGCGGGUGCAUCCAGUUUCCACCAUGAUUAAGGGUUUCUAUGGAAUAAAAGAUGACGUCUUCCUCAGUGUUCCUUGCAUCCUGGGACAGAAUGGAAUCUCAGAUGUAAUCAAUGUGGCACUGAUGCCCGAGGAAGAGGACUGUUUGAAGAAGAGUGCUGAUAAACUUUGGACGAUCCAAAAACAGCUGCAGUUGUAA